UUGACCAUAGUCAAAAGGCCCCAAUUGCAUCUCUGAUCAGUGAUCACCACCCGUGUCCUCUUCAUAUAUAUCUGCACCUCAUUGAUGAAACAAACAUGGAAUGGAAGAGAUCGACGGGAGAGAUCGAUCGAUUAACUGAUGAACGAACCCUGCCCAAAAAUGACUUCUUUCAAAUUUCUUAUAUUCCUUUCGUCUCUCUUCGUGAUUUCGUUGCUUAGCCUUGCCGGUGGCAAUGAAGCAGCACCCACUUACAGCUAUCACUUUUGCUCAGUCACAUACUUCACCGACAACAGCACCUACCAAUCCAAUCUCGACCUCGUCCUCUCUUCUCUUUCCUCUAACGCCACUCUGGUCACUGGGUUCUCCAACGCCUCCGCUGGCGAGGUCUCCGGGCUAUUUUUGUGCCGUGGCGACGUCAACACCAGAGUCUGUCAAGACUGCGUUGCCAAAGCAGCCAAAGAGAUACUACAACGCUGCCCCUUUCAGAUUGGGGCUAUAAUAUGGUAUGACGAGUGCUUGUUACGUUACUCCAACGAAUCCAUCUUCUCCACCAUUAACUACGGGCCCGGGCAACCCCUGCCGAACCCGCAAUCUAUCCAAGAGGCAGAGAGAGAGCGCUUCAUUCGGUUGAUGGACAGCACAUUGGAGUCGUUGGCGACCCGUGCGUUGAAUUCUGUGACUGGAAAGAAGUUUGUGACGGAGGAAGUGGAAUUCAACAGCUCACUGGCGGUGUCACAGACGCUGUACAGCCUCGUGCAGUGCACGCCGGACCUGAGUGUGUCCGAUUGCUAUAAAUGUCUCCGAGUCGCCAUAGGAACUCUUCCUUCGUGCUGUGAUGGAAGACAAGGCGGAAGGGUCCUGCUACCAAGUUGUAAUAUUAGAUUUGAAGUGUACCCAUUUUACAACUUCACACCUGCUUCGCCUGCAUUUCCUCCUCUUCCUCUUCCUCCAGGUAUGAAAAGAGAUUGUGAUCCACUCCAUUAUCUGUCUAGGUUACUAGUAAAUGGAGGAAGCAAAAUGUCGUCGCUGAAAAUUGUCACCAUUGUUAUCCCAAUUGCUGUGAUCUCUGUGGUUCUUUUCUUCAUUACCUAUUCCUUCCUUCGGAGGAGACCAAAGAAGAAACACUACACUUCAUCCGAAGAAAAUGUUGGAGUUGAAAUUACAACCAUAGAGUCCUUGCAAUUUGAUUUGGAUAUAAUUGAAGCUGCCACGGACAAGUUCUCAGAUGAUAACAAGAUUGGUGAAGGAGGAUUUGGCGCGGUUUAUAAGGGUAUCUUUUCUAAUGGACAACAAAUCGCUGUGAAGAGGCUAUCUGGAAGACAUGGGCAAGGUGCAGCAGAAUUCAAGAAUGAGGUUGUAUUGAUAGCCAAGCUUAAUCACAGAAAUUUAGUGAAGCUAUUAGGAUUUUGCGAUGAAGGAAAAGAAAAGUUACUUGUCUAUGAAUACGUGCCCAACAAAAGCCUCGAUUACUUUCUAUUCGAUCUUGUCAACCGAAGACAAUUAAAUUGGUCAAUACGCUACAAGAUCAUUGGAGGAAUAGCUCGUGGGAUUCUUUAUCUUCAUGAAGAUUCUCGAAUUAGAAUUAUUCAUCGUGAUCUCAAAGUUAGCAAUAUUUUGUUAGAUGACAGUAUGAAUCCAAAGAUUUCAGAUUUUGGCUUGGCAAGGAUAUUUGUAGUGGAUCAAACUCAAGGAAAUACAAGUAAAAUUGUUGGAACAAAUGGUUACAUGCCUCCAGAAUAUGUUAUACAUGGCCGAUACUCCGUAAAAUCAGAUGUUUUUAGCUUUGGAGUUUUAAUGUUAGAGAUUAUAAGUGGGAAGAAGAACAGCUCUUUUUAUCAAUCAGAACUUGCUGAGGACCUGCUGAGUUAUGCUUGGAAACAAUGGAGGAGUGGUACACCCUUGGAAUUGUUGGAUCCCACAGUGAGACAUUCUUGUUCGAGAAAUGAGGUCGUUAGGUGCAUCCAAAUGGGCUUAUUGUGCGUUCAGGAAGAUCCAGCAAACCGACCAACAAUGGCAACAAUAGUUCUCAUGCUUAACAGUCACUCUGUUACGCUGCCAUUACCAAAGCAGCCAGCAUUUUUACAUCCAAAAAUGGAGGAUUUGAGGAACAUGAAAACAAAGGAAGCAGCGCAUGAUGAUUCUACUACCCAAUCAAUUCCAUAUUCGGUGGAUGACGCAUCGAUCACUCAAAUACACCCUCGAUAG